CAACCGGAAACAAAUCCAUUCAUUGCCAGCAAGGCUAUUUUUGUGACCCGAAUCCAUCAUCAUGCGAACUCCAGGGAUUUUUAUUUUUGGGAUGGUGCUCGCGCCUUGCGGCUGGAUCCUGGAGCUGACCAGCACCGUGGCACCAGCCUGGCGCACGAUCAACAACAUCCCGGGGGAACCCAGCGACGUGGUCCUCCAGCAAGGAUUAUGGGACAUCUGCAGGACGUUCACAUCGUCCCGGGAUAUUCUGUGCAACCAGCAGGACACGCAGUACUUCAGCGCCCAGGUCAUCCAGAUCGCCAGAGGUCUGAUGCUGUCGUCGCUCAUUCUCAAUGUCAUUGCCAUCGGCGUGGCAUCAGCUGGAGUGCGAUGCUGGACUGAGAAACCGCUCUGGACGGUCGCUGGGGUCGGAGGUCUCCUCAUCUUCAUCUCAGGGGUCCUCACCAUCAUCCCAGUGGCGUGGUACACUCACACCAUGACCUCCAUCUUCUCCGCAUCCACCGAUGUUCGUGUGGGAUACUGCCUGGUGCUGGGCUUCAUCGGCGGGAUCAUGGAGGUCCUCGGUGGGCUGGUGAUGUCCAUCGGCUUGUGCCGGCGCUGCAGCGGUCAGAAGCGCGAUCCCUCUCCGCCGCGCAGAGACACGGUGCCCAGCGUCAGCAGCGGCAGCAGCGGCCCGUAUUACUCCAAACAACGCGAGGUGGACUUCGCACGGGCCAAGAGACAACCGGACAGCAGACCAGCGACUAGCACUGCUUAUGAAGCACGACCUUACGACACAGAUUUGUGAAAGAACUAACUUUUGAUCUUGUGAACAAACUGGACGCAAGAAACCUUACGAAAAUCACCAUGAUAACCGUCGCUUACCGCGUAAAAAUCGCGAUUAUCGAUCAGAUGAAAUCAGAUUUCUUUUUAAUGGCCGUUCUGUUUAGUGGUUAUCCCUAUUACAUGUUUAACCUCUUAACUGUCCCCUGUCCCCUCAGAGGAAGCCUAAGUUUACUUCACUAUAUUACAAUUCAAUCCUAAUCAUGACAAACUAUAGCCUAUAUCGUUGGAAAAGUCUCCGAAAUAGAUAUUUUACCAGUUUUUUGUUACAAAUGAUGUAGGGACGGUAAUAGAUUAAUUUAUGACAAGAGUGCUCCUCAAAAAUCUACAUCAUGACAGGAGUUCUGACCUUUGUCACAAAAAAGUAUUUAUUUUUUCUUAUCAUCAUCAUAAAUUAGAUGUCAACUGAAAGCGUAAAACCUCAAAAUUCAUCAUGUGAAAACCAUUUUAAAAUCUGACAUGGCUUUACCAAGGAAAGCCAUAUUAAAAAUGCAUUCGUUCAUAAAUUAUAAGUUUGGAUAGUGCAC